AUUCACCAGCUGAACGGCGUUUGGGGACUACCAGCCGUCGUCUGUGACUGCUACAUCGCGAUGGAUGUCACCUGCUCAACCUCAAGCAUAUUCAAUCUAGUCGCCAUAUCUGUGGAUAGGUACAUAGCUGUGACACAACCGAUAAAGUACGCGAAACAUAAGAGCAAUUGUAGAGUUUGGACCAUGAUCGGCAUCGCGUGGCUGGUCUCCGGAGCAAUAGGAUCUCCUGUGGUCUUAGGCCUAAAUAACACCCCCGAUAGAAGUCCACACCAGUGCCUGUUCAAUAACACUGACUACGUCAUUUAUUCCUCACUCGGCUCCUUCUAUAUUCCUUGCAUAAUCAUGAUGUUCCUGUAUUAUAAUAUUUUCAAGGCUAUAAGACAAAGAGCAAAAAAACAAAGGGUAGCGAAGAAGACCUCUGCCGCAAUCGGGUCAGCGCUUUCCAGCGGCACUGCAGCUGUAGUCAUUGAGAACAUGGCGCAAACUCAAAGGCUGACUGAAGCAUUACAAGACGAUAGACCGACUAACACUGCUUCGGGAAGCAACGAUGAAGUGGACGACGAGGAAGACAAAACGGAAAUGGGGCCGUACGCCGAGGAACUGGUCAACACGAGGUCGGCGCGGUUCAUGUUGGCAGCUGUCGUCGAAGAAACCGGCCUAAUAAUGGCAAACCUCGCGUCACCGAUUCCAAUGGUGGACCCGAACACAAAUAAUGAUUCGGGAUACGCUCCAUCUAACAUCGACGGAGAAACCAAAGAGCAUACGCCACCAGCUUCUCCCACGCACAAGGAUGGGAAGAAGAUUCAGGAGGAUCAAACUAAGAAACCUGAACUAAGAAAGAAACUGAGUCGCCUCAGCAAUAGCUCCUUGAUCUCGACGCCGCGGAGGCGGUUUAGGAGCGCAGCUUCGGCUGCAAGAUUUACAAUCUUCAGAGCGAACAGAGCAGGGAAGCUAAGAGCCAAAUCAUUCGCCAAGAAAGAGAAGAAGGCAACGCAAACUUUAGCUAUUGUUUUAGGAGUCUUCUUAUUCUGCUGGGCACCAUUCUUCACGUGCUCCGUCCUGGACGCUCUCUGUACGAAAUUCGAUCUCCCUUUCUCCCCUGGAGUGACGGUCUUCAUUCUGACAACGUGGCUCGGGUACAUCAACUCGUUCCUCAACCCGGUCAUCUACACGAUCUUCAACCCGGAAUUCAGGAAGGCUUUCAGGAAGAUCCUGCAUUGCACCACCUAG